CGCCUGCGCUUUAGGCACAUAUGACUGGGCGGGGUGUAAUUUAUGGCAUCAUCCUCAACUAAUUCCACCCUUUUUAUGAGGCUUUUUUUAUCCUUAUUUGUUUACCAAUUCGUGUGUCAACGAUGUUCGCCAAAACGUUCAAGGACUUCAACAUUAAUUUUAAUGACAGGAAUACGUUUUACAGUGGAGACGUGAUCACAGGACAGAUUUCCUUUGAGCUCCCCAAGGCGACGAAGAUCAGAUCGGUCUCCAUGAGUCUGGAGGGGAAGGCACACGUCCACUGGUCCACCGGCGGGGGAAAGAAAAGGCAUCGAAAGACCUAUUCUGCAAAGAUCGACUUUUUUAACCUCAAAAGCAUGAUUUUGACGGAAGGAGCUGUUGGGGAAGCUGCUAGACUUCCAGCCGGCAGACAUGUGUAUCCAUUUACAUGUCAUAUUCCACAAGGGGACUUCCCAUCCAGCUUCCGUGGGCCUUGUGGUCAAAUAAGCUACAGCUUGACUGUGGGCAUCGACAGACCGUGGCAUUUGUCAAAGGAUUUCGUGACAGAGUUCAACUUUGUGCAUCACAUCAAUUCCAGCCAGCCAGACCUGUUUUCUCCUCUUUCAGGCUCCAACUGCAUGAACGUAGGCUUCCUUUGUUGUGCCUCGGGUCCCAUCACAAUGGCAGCCAGCGUGGAGAAGAAAGUCUUUACACUAGGUGAAACGGUCAAGUUAAUUUGCCACUUCAGCAAGGCUUCGUCUCGGACGGUGACUCCAAAGGUCAAACUUCUGCAGAAGCAGCACUACUAUACUCACAACAAGGGUAAUAAAAGGCUCUUGGUAAAGAACUUGGUCUCCCAGACCGGGCUGCCCUAUGGCGCUGGCACCUCAGAUAUACGCACUGAGAUGAGCAUUACUAUUCCCACGGACGCGUCCCUCUCCAUCUCCAACUGCAGCAUCUUAGAGGUGGAGUACGUGAUUGAGCUGAAGCUCUGUGUCAGUGCUUCCUGUGACCUCACCCUGUUGUUUCCCAUCAUCAUCGGUAACAUCCCUUUUCAUACUCCUCCUCCAGUUUAUGGAGAGUAACAUUUUGGGACAUGAAGUACUGUUAAAACACUUUUGAGUUGUUACUGGGAGCGCCUUUUACCUCAAGUCUGACGGUCUAUUCCACUUUAGUUGUUUGUUACAAACUAUGCAAGGAUUGUACUGAAGCACUGCCAAUGUACGUUUUACCUUUUUGAAAAUACUGUUUGGUUCAAUGCACCGUAUGCCGGGUAGUCUGUGUUCAAGUGUUACUUACAGUGUGUAUUGUGAGAUACAGUACACGUUUGUGCCUAACCAAACAUAACAUGUUAACCUUUUUCCAUUACAAAUGGAAUUUUUUCUGCUGCCAACUGGACAUAUAGUUGUAUAGUCUACAUUCAUGUAGACUAAAAGCUUUGUUUGUGAUUGAAGGAGACGUUGCAUGUUAUAAAUGUUUAGCAUGAAUUGAUUACAACAGUCAGCCUUAUUAUAUUUCUUGAAGAGCCUGUUGCGUUCUUUGUCAUUUAACCAACACUUAUACGAACUGCACCGUAGGGAUGUGCCCAUCUGUCGGCCGCCGACCAGUAUCGGACGAUUUUUGUGAAAAUGUAUGCUAUCGUUAUUUUUAAUGCCGACCACAAAUGUCAAUCCCCUCUGGCUGACACAAUUUAUACUUAGGCCCCCGGCUGAUAAGCGGCUAGCAGCCAAUUGUGUGUCUCCAUACACAGUGUGGAGCUAGUAACAAUCACAUGUAUUACGGCUAAUACAUUGCUUUUCUAAGAAUCUUAAAGGCCCACUGAAAUGAGAUUUUCUUAUUUAAACGGUGAUAGCAGGUCAUGUGUCAUACUUGAUCAUUUCGAUCUCGAGAAAUUAAUUCACGGCUUUAUCUGGAAUCGUUUAGACUACUGCAAUGCCUGGUAUGUAGGCAUUAGCCAGGCCUCCCUCGCCCGCCUGCAGCUCGUGCAGAACUCUGCUGCUUGUCUGCUAACACAGACCCACAGACGUGAGCACAUCACCCCUAUAUUAGCGUCCCUUCACUGGUUCCCUGUGCGUUAUCGAAUCAAUUUUAAACUCCUUCUAUUUGCUUUUAAAUGUCUAAACAACCUCGCCCCAACAUAUCUCUCCAACCUCCUUCAGCCUUACUGCCCUACUCGAUCCCUAAGAUCAGCCGAUCAGCUGCUACUGACGGUCCCUGACACAAGGCUGAAGCUUAGAGGUGACAGAGCUUUCGCUGCUGCUGCUCCCAAGCUCUGGAACGACCUACCUCUGAGUGUUAGACAAGCCUCCUCUCUUCCUGUUUUUAAAUCUCUCUUAAAAACAUACUUUUAUUCCUUGGCUUUUAACACUAAGUGAUAUCCAUCCUGCAAUGGCGCCCCAUUAUACACCUGAUGUGAACCUGUUUUUAUGUUUUAUUUAUUUAUUUUUUAUCAUGUUCUGUUUGUGUUGUGUUGUUUGCUCGGUCCUCGUAUUAUCUUUUAACCUGCCCAUUGUACAGCACUUUGGCUACGCCUGUGGUAAAUUUUAAAUGUGCUUUAUAAAUCAAGUAGGUUUGAUUUGAUUAGAUUUCGCGAUAUUGCCAUAUUUUUGCUGAAAGGAUUUAGUAGAAAACAUCCACGAUAAAGUACACAACUUUUGGUCGCUAACAGAAAAGCCCUGCCUUUACCGGAAGUCGCAGACGAUGACGUUGAUGACUUCUCACAACCUCACAUUGUUUUUAAUGGGAGCCUCCAACAAAAAGAGCUAUUCGGACCGAGAAAACGACAAUUUCCCCAUUAAUUUGAGCGAGGAUGAAAGAUUCGUGUUUGAGGAUAUUGAUAGCGACGGACUAGAAAAAAAAAACAAAAAAAUUAAAAAACGCAAUUGCAUUGGGACGGAUUCAGAUUUAUUUAGACACAUUUACCAGGAUAAAUCUGGGAAAUCCCUUAUCUUUCUAUUGUGUUGUUAGUGUUUUAGUGAGUUUAACAGUACCUGCUAGUCGAAGGGGUGUGUCCACGGCCGGGUGUCUUGACGCCAGUGUCUCAGGGAAGUCGACGGCAGUUUUAUGGACGGUGCAAGCUCAGCUGAUCUCCGGUAAGAAGCGACUUUUUACCACAAUUUUCUCACCGAAACCUGCUGGUUGACAUUCGGUCAGGAUCCAUGUUCGCUUGACCGCUCUGAGAUCCAUAGUAAAGUUUUACCUCCGGGAAUUUUAAACAAGGAAUCACCGUGUGUUUGUGUGGAUAAAGGCUAAAGCUUCCCAACUCCAUCUUUCUACUUUGACUUCUCCAAUAUUAAUUGAACAAAUUGCAAAAGAUUCAGCAACACAGAUCUCCAAAAUACUGUGUAAUUAUUCGGUAGAAACAGACGACUUUUAGCUGUGUGUGUGUGCAGCGCUCAUAUUUCCUAACAAUCCGUGACGUCGCGCAUACACGUCAUCAUUACGCAAAGUUUUCAAGAAGAAACUCCCGGGAAAUUUAAAAUUGCAAUUUAGUAAACUAAAAAGGCCGUAUUGGCAUGUGUUGCAAUGUUAAUAUUUCAUCAUUGAUAUAUAAACUAUCAGACUGCGUGGUCGGUAGUAGUGGGUUUCAGUAGGCCUUUAAGUAUCAUUAUCAAGGGCAGGGCCAAACAUAUUACACAACGAGAGCAAGCCAGGGGAACGUGUUCUAAUAGCUAAGAUAGCUGCUAAGCUAGCUUUAAACAACGCCAAGAAAUAAGUGUUUAGUAUACUUAAUGAAGUCUGUAUAAAUGUGAAUAGUAGAUGAGUAAGAGUUAGAGAGAGGAUAAUAUAAUAACAACUGCUUGUCACUGUCGGUCCACGGCAGAUAAAAAGAGGGCGGAUCGAUCCAUAAAUCGGUGAUGUCGAGACCAAUAUAGGAUCGAGACUCGAGUGAUAAUGUCGAUCAUGGAUUUUUAUUUUCUCAAACAUUUUUCUUGCUGGUUUUGUUCAGGUUUACAAACUUGGAGAAUAAUUCCCUGGACACAGAAGAGUUUUAAAGGCAAAAAAAAAAAUGUAUACGAGUAUCAUGAUAGUUUUUUGGGUUUUUUUGUAUUGUUAUUGUGUACUAUUGACUUUGUUUUGCUCAAACAAUUGUGUGUGAUUAAAAAAAAACUAAAAUAUUUUGUUGAUAUUGUUGAACUGUCAAUAGCACUCACCAUAAAUAAACUGGAAAAUUUACAGUUAAUUCAUGCGAUUCGUAUUGGUAUCAGCCGACAUUGGCAACAUAAAUCCAUGAUCGGAACAUCCCUACUGUAGCUCGUUCGAGUUAGCUUUACACACACAUAUGACCUGUUACCUAUAAAAUGUGUUUGUUUUUACAUUACUGUUGCUGCUUGUAUUUGUUUUUUAUUUCAACUUGAUGUUUAACUUUGUUUUUAUUCAGAGAAGACCCAAAAUGCCUUUGACAGAACCAAGUGGCAGCCUUAAUCUCAAACUGCAUGGUUUCUUGCAACCAAACUACCAUACCUGGAGUUGUUGAAAAGUAGUAUUGAUGUUGAAUGACGGUUUACUGUAGUUCAAUACAACAUGAAGAACUACUGUCUUCUAUUUGCUUGAAUAAUACAAGAAAACAGUUUAUUACCUCCAUUUUUUGUGUUUCUUUGACUUGUUUUACUUAUGAUGUGUGACUUUUCAAAUACAAAACCCAAAACCAGUGAAGUUGGCACCUUGAAUAACCAUACCAUCGUAAAUAAAGACAAGAUAUUUAACGUUCGAA